ACGGUCAGUGCUCUUGAACAAAGAAUCAUAUUACCACGAGAACUUGGUUGAAACAGAGAAGAAGUAUUGAAUACAUGGGGAACUAUAAAUCUAGACCAACCCAAACUUGCACUGAUGAAUGGAAGAAAAAAGUUAGUGAAUCAUAUGCUAUAAUCAUUGAAAGAUUAGAAGAUGACCUGUCAAUCAAAGAAAAGGAACUUACAGAACUAAAGCAUGUCUUCUGCUCUGAUGAAGCCUUUAGCAAAGUGAAUUUGAAUUACCGUACGGAAAAUGGGCUGUCUCUUCUACAUUUGUGUUGUAUUUGUAAUGGUAAUAAAUCGCACAUUAGGACUCUGAUGCUGAAAGGACUGCGCCCAUCAAGAUUGACAAGAAAUGGAUUUACAGCUCUGCAUUUAGCUGCUUACAAGGACAAUGCAGAACUUUUAACAGCCUUGCUGCACAGUGGAGCCGAUAUUCAACAAGUUGGCUAUGGGGCACUUACAGCUCUUCAUAUUGCUACAAUAGCUGAUCACCAUGAGGCUGUUGAUAUACUUUUGCAACACGGGGCAUAUGUCAAUGUUCAAGAUGCUGUUUUUUUCACCCCUUUACAUAUUGCAGCAUACUAUGGCCAUGAGCAGGUAAGCCGACUUUUGCUGAAAUUUGGGGCCGAUGUGAAUGUGAGUGGAGAAGUUGGAGACCGCCCCCUUCAUUUGGCUUCAGCCAAAGGAUUUCUCAAUAUAGCAAAACUUUUGAUGGAGGAGGGCAGCAAAGCAGAUGUGAAUGCUCAAGACAAUGAAGACCAUGUACCUCUACACUUCUGUUCCCGAUUUGGCCAUCAUGAAAUUGUCAAGUUCUUCUUACAAAGUAAUUUUGAAGUCCAGCCUCACGUGGUUAAUAUUUAUGGAGACACACCUUUGCACCUUGCAUGCUACAAUGGAAAAUUUGAAGUUGUGAAAGAAUUAAUUCAGCUUUCUGGAACAGAAAGUCUCACUAAGGAGAACAUUUUCAGUGAAACAGCUUUUCACAGUGCCUGCACCUAUGGCAAGAACAUAGAACUGGUAAAGUUUCUUCUGGAACAGAAUGUGAUGAAUAUCAAUCACCAAGGAAGAGAUGGACAUACAGGGUUGCAUUCUGCUUGCUAUCAUGGCCAUAUCCGUCUGGUCCAAUUUUUACUAGACAAUGGAGCUGACAUGAAUCUUGUAGCCUGUGAUCCCAGCAGGUCUAGUGGUGAAAAAGAUGAGCAGACCUGUUUGAUGUGGGCCUAUGAGAAAGGGCACGAUGCUAUUGUCACACUCCUGAAGCAUUAUAAAAGACCCCAGGAUGAAUCCCCAUGUAACGAAUACUCCCAACCAGGAGGAGAUGGAUCCUAUGUGUCAGUUCCAUCUCCCCUGGGGAAGAUUAAAAGCAUGACUAAAGAAAAGGCAGAUGUUCUCCUCCUGCGGGCAGGCUUGCCUUCUCAUUUUCACCUACAGCUCUCAGAAAUUGAGUUUCAUGAAAUUAUUGGCUCAGGCUCAUUUGGCAAAGUAUACAAGGGAAGAUGCAGAAAUAAAAUUGUGGCUAUUAAACGUUACCGAGCCAACACCUACUGCUCCAAGUCAGAUGUUGACAUGUUUUGCCGUGAAGUUUCCAUCCUGUGCCGGCUCAAUCAUCCCUGCGUCAUCCAAUUCGUUGGUGCAUGCUUGGAUGACCCAAGUCAAUUUGCCAUAGUCACACAGUACAUAUCUGGAGGAUCCCUCUUUUCCCUGCUGCAUGAACAGAAAAGGAAUCUGGACUUGCAGUCAAAACUAAUCAUUGCAGUAGAUGUUGCCAAAGGUAUGGAAUAUCUUCACAAUCUUACCCAGCCGAUUAUACAUCGUGACUUAAACAGUCAUAAUAUCCUCCUCUAUGAAGAUGGCCAUGCUGUGGUUGCUGACUUCGGAGAAUCCAGAUUUCUGCAAUCUCUGGAUGAAGACAAUAUGACAAAACAACCUGGGAAUCUACGCUGGAUGGCCCCAGAAGUAUUCACACAGUGUACGCGGUACACUAUAAAAGCCGAUGUUUUCAGCUACGCUUUGUGUCUCUGGGAACUGUUAACAGGGGAAAUUCCAUUUGCUCACCUCAAACCAGCUGCUGCUGCUGCAGAUAUGGCCUACCAUCACAUCAGGCCUCCAAUUGGCUAUUCAAUUCCCAAACCCAUCUCCUCAUUGCUAAUGAGGGGAUGGAAUGCAUGCCCUGAGGGAAGACCUGAAUUUUCUGAAGUGGUCUCCAAAUUAGAAGAAUGCCUAUGCAAUAUUGAGCUAAUGUCACCAGCCUCUAGCAACAGCAGUGGUUCUUUGUCUCCUUCCUCUUCUUCGGAUUGCCUGGUUGCUCGAGGAUGUCCUGGCCGUAGCCAUGUUGCUGCUUUACGUAGCCGCUUUGAGUUGGAAUAUGCCUUGAAUUCGAGAGCUUAUGCUGUCUGGUCACAGAGCACCGGGCAACCCCCUUCUCAAGGCCUUUCUCUAGAAGAGAUGAGGAGAAAUUUUCAGUACCCACCCAUUGACCGAAAUGGUUACGUGUCGGAUCCCAUGAGUACAAUGCGGUUUCAUUCCUGCAGCAAUAGUGGCAGCUUUGAAGACAGCGGCUGACAGCAGCAACAUUCUACCUGAAGAUGGUCUCUCCAUGAACUAACAGCAACAAUUCUCUUUGCGUCACUGCAGCUCCAAGCUAUUGUAUGAUUCACCUUUAAAAAAUACACCAUUGGCUUGUGUAUCGAUGAUUAGUUAUUGCAUCUACUGUAAAGUAAUACACAACCAAUUCUUACACAAAUAAUUUAAAGAAAGCAAGGAGGGAAAAACAAAUUAAACAAAUUUGUGAAUGUUGCCAAAAAAAGUGUUUACACUUGUGUUGUUUGUCUUGGCAAUAAAUAUGCUGUAUUCUUGGU